AAAUAGACGGGUCAUCAGUUUGAUGAAGAGGGCUGUAAUUCUGUCACGCCUCUUCGUUCCUUCUGCGGCUGCUUGUUGUUGUUUGUCACCUGAACAAAAUAAACAGAUGACAGGGUUAUGCUGUUUCUCCACACUUGAAGAUCCUAUAGUAUCAUCCUGAUGACCUGUUUAACUAGAUUUCACAACUCGACGAAAAACCAAUGGGUUCAACGUUAUGUUCCGUGGAAAACUACUUCCAUUCAUUUGUCUCGCAGCUAUUGUUUGUCCCUGUUUUUCGGAUAAUAACCUGACAGAAACAGCUGUCUCGAGAAGAACUGCAAUUCAAAAACGAGCUUUAGAUACUUAUAACACCUCUUGCUACAGAAUGCAACUUCUGGCCAACUGGAUGUCAGUUUUGUUCAAGCUCAUGAGUGCCUGGACAAUCACAACGACGAGAAAUAUUAUAGAAAAUACUCAACUGGAAGUAGAUAAAGGAGCUCGAAACAUUCCUCCAUUUCCGGAAAGACCAACGGUUGGACCUCCAGGAUCUGAUUGCUCCUUGAAAAAUCUCCAAGUUGCCUUACGUACUUACAUUCACUUUCAAGGACAACUUUUACAGUUGAAAUCUGUUGUAGGAAAGCGAAUGUUGAAAAGUGGAAAAGCGAAAUUUGAUGAUGCAACUAUUUCUCUACAGGGCAAAAUUGGAUACCUGGAUAUUUUGAACAAAACUGCUUUGGAAAUGGUUGAGAGAUUAAAACACAGCAGUCGGGACUUAAUAUCUCCAGGGGAUGGAAAGUUUAACAAACUUUUGCCUGAUUUCAAAGAACAAGGGAACUCUCUUGCUUUCUUAACUUAUUUUCAAGACAGUAAAAGUAAAGUUUUGCAUCAGAUGCAAGAAGUGACAAAGUUGUCGCAAAACCUAAAUCAAACUAGAUCACUUUUUCAGAUUGCUGAUUUUUUUCAGAAUUUGGGGCGUUCACUAGACAAGAUUUUUGGAUAUGCUAAAUUUGAUCAAAUUUCAUAAAUUUCAAAGGGGUUUCUUUAGUAUCAUUCUUAUUUGUAAAAAUGUUUUUGCACAGAUUUUUGUAUAAGAAUGAAACAUUUUCUGUAUGAAAGCAACAUUUGUAUUACGAUUUUAUGAUACAAAAAUUCAAUACAUUAUUGCCCCUUAAAGAAAGUUAGAAAGAGAGAAAUUUUAGAGUUAUGGUUG